AUGCUUGGUCUCUCCGCUAAUGUCCUUGCGCUCGCCCACCAGUACGCCAACGCUGGCUCCACUAAUAACGCCAAAGGCAUUGUUCCCUCUGGUUCGGCGCAUGACUCGCAAGAUCAUUCCGUGGCACGGCGGUAUAUCAUCUACGAAGAGUCGUGGAAACACCACGCUCAAGCGCGUGCCAUCCUUGGAAACCUCAUCGGACCGAAUGGCGAGCAGCUCACUUCCACCGACCCCUAUAGCACAACUGUGUUCGUUGGUGGGUUGUCGCCUUUGGUUUCUGAAGAGACCUUGCGGGCGUUCUUCACUCCGGUCGGCGUUCUUCACUACGUGAAGGUGCCCGUUGGAAAACAUUGCGGCUUUGUUCAAAGUAGCGGGGGACGGUUCUACUGA